AUACAAUAAUGGCCCAAAGUUAAACCACUUUACAGAUUUCACUUAAAUAUCUUUCAUAUGUUUUACUCUAAAGCGAUUAGGUCAUAAUGUAGAAGUGUUCUGGUGGAACGUGUAACAACAGAGGUUGCAAAUGCUUAGGUGUUAUUUAAUAUGAAAUAAAUCCGUUAAGUUAUCUUAUGAAUUGAAGGAUGUUCUCAGUUAUUUUUUAAAUGUAAAUUUAUUCAUUUCAACGUGUUUCAAGAAGUGUGUAUUGUUAUAUAGAAUUAUAAUUAUGCAGGUUAUGAAUUAUUAAAAUUUAUAAGAAGCGAAUGAAGUGUUGCUUAAGUUUAGAGGAAAUUUUUAAACAAUAUGAGAUGUGUUAUGAGGUAUCUAAAACAAGUGAAUAUUGAAUUGUACAAAUCAAAAUACUCGCAAUGAACUGCAACUGAACAAAUUGAAGUUUGAAAAUAAUAACAAUGAAGGCUGAAUCGCAGUGUGUCAGUGAAGUUUUUUCUAGGUAAUAAUUAAAGAAGCAUUUGUUUACAAAUGUGCAAACACAGCAGAAAUUAUGUAAGAUUGUUCAUCCUCGCAGACUGAAGGUCCUGGAGAAAUGUUUUCAGUGACCUAAGAAUGAACGGUGAAAUCCCGAGUGUGCCAAUAACUACGUUGGCUGGCAUCUCAAGUCUCACAGACUUGCUGCCUGAAAUGCCUCUUCCAUCUCCUUUACCACAGACUAUGAGCAACAAGUCUUUGCUAUUUCAUCCAAGGGUAGCUGAAGAAGCUCAUAUUUUACUCAGUCUACGGGAUGACACCUUAGUCCCUCAGUUAGCACAGUCUCUUAACCAGUCUGCUGCUAUUAACAUUGAACUUAAAGAUCACUACACAAGUAGUGAAACUUCGAAUGUUGAUCAACAAAACAUACCAGAACUACUUAAAGCAAUAUUAUUUUGUGAUCCUGAGGUGUUUAAUGGCUUUCAUUUUCAUUAUAAUAAACGGACAUCUAAAACAGUUAAUUGUAAAAAUGAAAUACCAUCUUCUAUUGAUGGAGAAAAUGUUAUUCCUACUCCACCACUCUCAGAAAAAAUUAAGAUACAGAAAACACUUAAUUGUAAAAAUGAAGUACCAUCUUCUAUUGACGGAGAAAAUGUUAUUCCUACUCCACCACUCUCAGAAAAAAAUAAGAUACAGAAAACAGUUAAUUGUAAAAACGAAAUAUCAUCUUCUAUUGAUGGAGAAAAUGUUAUUCCUACUCCACCACUCUCAGGGUCCUCUCCUGAACAGACUUCUGUUUCUGCUCCAUUAGCCCAAGUUUGUGAACCGUCGUUAGUGCCUUCAAUUCCUUCACAGGAUUCACAAACUGUUAUUUGUAGUUUAGAGGACAAAGACCAAAUUAAACGUAGUUUGAAAGAAUAUCAUGAAAAGUUUUCACCUUCCUGUAAUUCUGAAAAGUACAAUUUUCAUAACACUCAAGUUCACUCAUCUGAAUCUGAAAAUGAAAAACAAGAACCUCAAAACCGAAGUAAAAUCUUUAAAGCAAGGGAAAAAGAAAGAGCGUUGGCCAAAAGAAAAGAGAGAGGAAAGUCUCCCAAUGAUGAUCAAAAUAAAGUUGCAGAUAAAUCUGAUCGAGGAAAGCGCAGGAAACGAUCUUUAAGGUCUUCUGGUAGUGUUGAUAAAAAGAAGGAAGUUGAAGAGAGUGCUCCUAAAGCAAAACUCAGAAAAAUGGAAAGAAAGUUAGUACCUGUUCUAGAAAAACUGAGUGUUGAAGAACUGAUGGAAACCAAUACAUACCAAAGGUUCAACCGGUCUUUAGAAAAAAUAUUUGAAGAUGUGGAAGAUGUCAUGAUAAAUGAAAGUGAUGAAGAUGAGGAAUGUUGUGAUUCACUUAUUCCGAAGUAUCAUCUCCAAGAUCUUUGUGCUGAAGCAGCCAAAUUGAAAACCUUGGGUGCGAUGGAGUCAAUUCCCACUGAUAAAACUACCAGAUUAUUAACUAUUUUAGAACGAAAUAUUCGUGAUGGAAGUAAAGUAACACCAAUUUCUGAUCCAAAUGAUGGAGAAGAUGAAAGAAAAUUGUUUGUUGAAUUGGCAAUGGAAAGAGUUAUGAGAGCUGUUGAUGCAUCUUUAACAGCUUUAUACAUUUUAACUUCACCAAACAUGCAUAAACAAGUGUAUUUAGAAGAUGUUAUUGAUCGAAUUAUAAUAUUUACGAAGUAUCAACUUCACAAUACUGUUUUCCCUGUGUUCGAUCCAGUUUAUCGGGUCCAGUCUAAAGAUAAAGAUGGUUAUCUUGGUUCUGGGAGAAAAAAAAGAGGGCAGUCUAAAGAAGUUCGAGAGAAAACUGUUUUACUAUUGUAUCAAAAGUUGACAGAAGUUGUGACUCUUUUAGCAGAAUUAUUAGAUAUCCAAAAGCUCACAGACAACGCUGUGUUACAUGCUUCAUCUAUGGGAAUUUCACCAUUUUUUGUUGAAGGCGUUAGUGACUUGCAACUGUCUUCAUUAAAAUUGGUUACUACAAUAUUUUCAAAAUAUGAAAAACACCGGAAACUUUUAUUAGAUGAUAUUCUUGCUUCAAUGGCCCGACUUCCUAGUAGUAAACGCAGUCUUCGCUCUUAUAGGCUUAAUGUGGAUGAACAAAUACAAAUGCUUACUGCUUUAGUAUUGCAGCUAGUUCAGUGUAUGGUUGUCCUCCCUCACAACUUAGAUAACAAGCAGGAAUGUGAUUUUGAUCCAGAUGUAAUUAUUGUAAGUAAAUUUAAAACAGCUAGAAGUACUGCAUCUAAUUUUUUGUAUGUCUUUUUAAAUAAAUGCAGUAGUAAAUCUGAAGAGAUCGAUUACCGUCCACUUUUUGAAAAUUUUGUUCAAGACUUACUUACUACUGUUAAUAAACCAGAAUGGCCUGCUGCUGAACUGAUGCUCAGUGUUCUAGGGAAUUUAUUGGUUAAUAAUUUUGUCAAUAAAAGUUUAGAAAUGUCACUUCGUGUUGCCUCUCUUGAUUAUCUUGGUGUCGUAGCUGCAAGAUUACGGAAAGAUGCAGUUGUUUCUCAGUUAAAACUUAGCACAAUUGACCAAAUUAUAAAAGAAGUUCAAAUGGAGGAAAUGAAAGAUGAAGAAGGUUAUGCUAAAGGGGAUAUUAAACCUGUCGAAAAUGAUGAAGAACGGACCCAAUUUUUGCAGAGGGUUCUUCUUGACUAUCUAGCUAUGCGUGGUCAACAAGAACCGGUUCUUUCCCAUGCUAGACAUUUUUACCUUGCACAGUGGUAUCAGGAUAAUUGUGUUCAAAUCUCAUCCUCUACAUCUAAGAAACCUUCUAAAAAGAAGAAAAAAUCCGGCCGAAGAAAGUUAGAUUCAAGUGAAGAAGAUUUAUCUUCAGAGGAAGAGGAUGUAAAUGAAAGUAAAGUUAAUGAAGAUCCAGUAGAGGCAUAUCGUCAAUCCGAGGUCCGAAAACGGUUCUUAUUGAGUAAAAUCCGUCCUUUUGAAGAUCGUGUAUCAACUGAUGGAACAAAAACACACAUUCUACAAACUUAUAUAGACUAUGGCAGUGCAGAAUUAGUAGCUCGUUACUUGGCAUCAAAAAGACCUUUUUCACAAAGUUUUGAUGUUUACUUGAAACAUAUUCUGAAAGUAUUAACUGAAACUUCUGUUUUGAUUAGAACAAAAGCUAUGAAAUGUUUAACAUCAAUUGUUGAAGUCGAUCCGGGUGUUUUAGGAUUGAAAGAAAUGCAGCUUGGUGUCAGUCAUUCAUUUCUUGAUCAUUCAACAUCUGUAAGAGAAGCUGCUGUGGAUUUGGUUGGCAAAUUUAUUCUUAGUCGUCCAGAAUUGAUCCCGAAAUAUUAUGACAUGCUUUCAGCCAGAAUACUGGAUACUGGUGUUAGCGUUAGGAAAAGAGUCAUAAAAAUUUUGAAAGAUGUGUGCAUUGAAUGCCCAGAUUUUCCUAAAAUUCCUGAAAUUUGUGUGAAGAUUAUUCGGAGGGUCAAUGAUGAAGACGGAAUAAGGAAACUUGUGCUGGAAGUUUUUCAAAAUAUGUGGUUCACACCUGUUAAAGAGCGCCCAGUUUUAGAUUCUGAUGCUUUAGUUAGGAAAGUAAUGAAUAUAACUGAUGUAGUUGCAGCAUCCAAUGACAUAAGUAUUGAAUGGUUUGAACAACUUUUGCUUAGUCUCUUUAAACCAAGAGAAGAUAAAGAAGAAACUGUUAAUAAAGUGCAAGUUGAAGUUCCUAGGAGUAUAUUAGUAGCUUGUCGACAAAUAGUGGACUGUCUAGUAGAAACAGUUAUUCAGUUAGAUAACAAUGAUGGUGACCCUCAAAGACUUGUUUCUUGUCUGAUAAUGCUAAAUUUGUUUGCUAAAAUCCGACCUCAGCUGUUGGUAGUUCAUGCAACUACAUUACAACCAUAUUUAUCAUUGAAAUGCAAGACUCAAGGAGACUACCAGGUGAUCAGUUGUGUAGCUCGUACUUUGGAACUUGUUGUUCCAUUAAUUGAACACCCAAGUGAAAUGUUUCUUUCUCGGUUGGAGGAAGAUUCUGUAAAACUAAUGAUGCAGCAAGAUCCCUCUGUUGUUUUAAGUUGUGUCUCUUGCCUUGGCUCAAUUGUAAACAAUGUUACAAGAAAUUUUCCUUUAAUCCGAGAUUGCUUAAAAAAAUAUCAUGGAUUUUUAAAGGCAACAAGAGCAAUGUUAGAAAAUAAUACUGAAGGUGCCACUGCUUUUCAUUUACGUAUGAAACCAUCUUUUAGAAGAUCCUUGUUUGUUGUUGGGCUACUGCUAAGAUUUUUUGACUUUACUGAUCCUGAAGUAAUUGGUGAUCAACUCCCUAGUAAUAUCAAAGAUGAAGUUAUAGAUACAUUCCUUUAUUUUUUACACCGUGAUCAAGAUUCCCAGCAUUAUACCAUGAAAGCUCUUGGUUCUGUCUGCAUCAGACAUUAUGAACUUAUGUUAACGGAUGAGUUAAAAUCACUCUAUCACCAAUAUUUAUCGGAUGAGAAUGCACCAUUACAAAUGAAAGUUCAGGUGUUGAACAACAUUGAGAGCUACCUCUUGGAAGAAGAAAAGAAGAUGAUUAAACAAGACCAAGAAUGGGCAAAGCUUUCCAAAAGAGAAAAUUUGAAAGAGAUGGGUGAUGUAACUUCAGGGAUGGCCAGUACUGUAAUUCAGAUUUAUCUAAGGGAAAUUUUAGAAGCAUUUCUUCAUCCUCACCCAGCUGUAAGAAAUUCAGCUUUAAAGGUUAUUCAGCUAAUUUUAGCUCAAGGCCUUGUUCAUCCAGUGCAGAUUGUUCCAUAUCUGAUCUGUAUGAGUACUGAUGAAGAUAAAACGGUCAGUAGCAGUGCUGAUAAACAGCUACAAGAAAUAGAAAAGAAAUAUCCUGGUUUUAUUCAUAUGAAGGCCCAGGCUGGUAUCAGAUUGUCUUACAAAUUGCAUAAGAUUUUGCAAUGUAAUGACAUAGUACGUGGUUAUCGGCUGAAAGAUGGUGAUAUCAUACCAAGUGCACUUAAUGGUUUUCUUUAUUCUAUUUUACGUACCAAGCAACAAAGAAGAGCUCUUGUUAUGUCAAUAUUAAAACAGUUUGAUGAACAAGCUAAACUUAGCCUGCUGCAAAUGCUCUAUCUAGCAGAUAAUAUGGCAUAUUUUCCUUACCAAGUUCAAGAUGAACCUCUAUUUAUUAUACAUCACAUUGAUAUAAUUCUGUCUGUGACAGGAACAAAUUUGUUGCAAUCAUUUCGUGAGGCUCUUCUUCCACUAAAUCCUGAGGGGAGUAAAAACAAUGAAAUUGAACUAGACGAAGAGGAAGAUGAAGAUGAAGAAACACUUUUGUCUAGGCUUCCUGAGGAUACAACACCAUUGCAACACUGUCUUACAGCUUCUCAGGGAUGCCUUUUGCUUCUAGUUUUGAAACAACAUUUGAAAACUAUGUAUGGCUUCAAUGAUGCUAAAAUCACACAAUAUUCACCAACUGAAAGUGCAAAAACCUAUGAAAAAAGUGUGACGAGAAAAUGUAAUGCCAAGUUUAAUCCAAAGGCUAUCAUACAGAAGCUUAUGAUGGGCACACCUCCAAAUCAGCUUGAUGAAGCAGCAAGAAGAUCAUUGGUUUCAGAAUAUUUAGAGUUUAAAAAUCUAAUUAAUGAUUUGGAUCCUGAUGACCCUGAUGAUGAUGAUGAUAAUGCUUCACCUCAGAAGUCGUCUGAUGGUACACCAUAUUCUGGAAGAGUGCGUGAAUUCAUUGCAAAACGAUCAGAGCAAACAAAUUCUGACCAGCAAGCAGGAUCACAGUCAAAUGAUGGAAGCAAUAACACUCCAACUGUUCCAAAGUUGACACUUAUUGCUACAAAAGGUCUCGUCAAGCAAACUAAAAGUCGCAAGACAGAAAGACAUAAAAAACAUCAUCAUAAAAGGAAGAAAAAGUAUAAGAGUAGUGAAGAGAGUGAAAAUGACUAUAGUGACCCUGACUUUUCGUUAUGAACAUUCCUUAAGCUAUGUGAUAUAUCGGGACCUGAUGUUUCUUCAUGUGGAAUUAGUUUCUGGAGGAAAUUCACUGAUGCACUAGGAUAUGGCACGUACUUCUUUGAGAGAGAGGGGCCAACUGGUUAUGGUUGUAAAUAUGUUAAUGUUUUGAUGUUCUUCCGCAAAUGAAAUGGGAGUAAAAAAUUAUCUUUAAUAUUACCUGUAAAUUAGGUGCUGGAGGCCUUAUAAUGUAAAUUUUUAUGUUGUAAUUACUGUUGUUACUCUUAAAUUAAGCAAGCUCUUUAUGCAACUCCUAAUUAUCUCAUGUUGGAGCACAAAUUCUCAUAAAAUUAUUUUUUAAAUUUUUUCAAGGAGAUUGAUUUUGUUACAAUUUUGCCACCACUUUUGAAAGUCGAGAAUUCCAACCUUAAGAUUAUUGAAAUUAAAAGAUGAAAUAAUAUUUUUUCAGUAUUGAUUACAAAAUUGCUUAGUCAGUACUGAAUAUGAAUUAGCCAAUUCUAGGUUGGGUUAUAUUGUUGAAAUUUCCUCUUGUUUUUGUUAUUUAAAAUUUAUAUUUAAAAUUAUUUAUUUAAAAAAAACUUUAUUCAAAAUGAUUUAUUUUCAUACAAUGGUUUGCCACUUUUUUUGAAGUUCAAAUAUUUUAACUUUCAGAUUAUUUAAGUAAAAAAGAUGAAAAGGCAUUUUUUUCUAUGUUGAUUACAAAAUUGCUUAGUUAAUACUAAAUAUGAAUUAAUAAAGUCUUUAAUUAGAUUAUGUUGAAAUUUUUUAUUGCUUUAAUAUUUAUUUAUUUUUUUAAUAUUUAUUUAUUUUUUUAAGAUCAUUCAUUAAUUAUUUUCUUUUAAACACUAUGAAAUAAUUUGUACAUUUAAAACCAAUGAAUUCUUGUACUAGUGAUAAUAUCUUGGAUAUUCAAUUUAAAGAAAAUAUUAAUCCUUCAAAAAUUAUAACGUAAGUUAAAAAUUCUAAAUUUUAGUUUUAGAAAAAGGACCAUGUUCGUAUUAAUUUGUAAACGUGUUUCUUGUUAUGUAAUAUAAUGUGGUGGUUUUUCUAAAGGAUUAAUUAUUACUAAAUUUCCUUCCAUUACUUUCUUUACUAGUAACUUUUGAUAUUAAUGAUUAAUUUUAAUUUAUUGAAACUAUAUUAUUUUAUUAUGUAGUCAAUGAUUUCUAAUUAUUAUUUUCCAGACGUGAGUGAUCAUUAAAAUUUUCCAUAGCUUACUCAUAGUAUAUGUAAUUUUGACUUGUUUUUCUAAUCUGACUUUUUAAACUAACGUGAUUUUUUUCUAUUAUGGGUUUCAUUAUCUGUUCUGUUUCAUCACUUCUUGUUGAUUUUAAAAUAUAAUUUUCUUAUAUGAUUGCAUAUUUAUUUAUGUAAUGUUUACUUUUGUGACAUAUGUUGCGAUAAACUAAUAAAUCAAUAUUAUUUAUUAUUUGAAUAAGUUAUCUAUUAGUGUUUAAAUUACAAUUACAAAAAUUGUAUUCAACAUUUUUAAUGAUACUUUUUACUACUAAUAUAUAUUUUUAAAAAUCUGUGCUUAAUUAUUAAGAGAUAAUACUAUUGAUACUUCGGAGAGGAAGGGGUGGAGAAGAUGGUUUGAAUAAGUGUUUCAUUGAAAAAUUAAUGCUUUGAAAAUUUUACUAAUCACUCAUUUCUCGAUCAGAAAAUUUGCUAAAUCUAUUAUGAUAAGAACCUGAUCAGUCAGUUUUUAUAAUUUAUUUUAUGAUUCCCUUAACAGUAAAUUAACUAAUUAUUACUUUACAUUUAGAUAUGCUGUCUAGGUAUAAUCUUACAUUUUAAUUUUGGGAUACAUUUCAGGAAAGUAAUGAAUGAGUAAUUAAAGUAUUCGACAUGUAAAAAAUAACAAUUUUUUUUGUGUUCAUAUUCUUAAUUUUUUUAUUUUUUUCUUAUCUACUUCAUCCUAAGUAUUGUUCAGAAAAAGAACAUAAAAAAAUAUCUUUAAAAUAAAUAUAACUAAAUAAACAUUAUAAUAAACAAUGUUUAUUUCAGAAGUAAAUUCGUUUAUUUAGUGUUUCUUUUCUUUAUUUAGGGGGGGGGGGUCUUGUUUGUGGUAAAAUUUAUGAAAUUUUUUUUAUUGGUCUGAGAUAAAAUGAAAUUGAUGCACACAACUUUCCCCACAAAAUUAGUGGCUACCAUUAUGUUUAGUUCUUUAUAUUGGAUACAAUUUGAUAUAAAACAAUCAAUUCUUUCUUAAUCUUAAAAUUUAAUUAUGAACAUAUUCAAAUAUUUGUUAUUGAUUAAAUUUUUUAAAUUACUAAAGUUUAUACUCAUAUGAAAUGUUCUAAUGUUGUUUGACAUUAUAAAUAAGCUAUUUAUUUUAUUUUCAUAUGUUUUGUUGCUUUUAAAAUCAAAAUUUUAUGUAUAGAAACUAGAGCUUUAUGCAUGCUGUGUGUGUAUAUAUAUAUAUAUAUAUAUAUAUAUAUAUAUAUAUAUAUAUAUAUAUAUAUAUGUGUGUGUGUGUGUGUGUGUGUGUGUGUGUGUGUGUGUGUGUGUGUGUCUGUAUUUGCAGAAACAUGCAUAUACAUGUGCACACAUUCAUACAUGUAUAAAGUGCCAGUUGUAAGAAUAUUUAUAUGUUAAAACUACUCUUGUGAUGUCAUAUUUUGACAUGAUGGCUGAUUCUGUAACAAUUUAAUAAUUCAUUAUAAAAGCAUGGCUUCCAAUUUUUUCGUUAACCUUUCUCAACCAUUUUAAUGCUUAUUUAUGGAGAUUUUUUGUUGUGAUUACAAUUCAGAUGAAAUUAUUGACUUUUUUUUUCUAUUGAGUAGUAAUCAUUAUGAUAAUGAAGUAGCAUUUAUCGUAUUCAUUAAUAACACUAUGAAUGCUAUACUUUGUUAUUUACUUAAAUUUAACCAUUGUGUAUUAGUAUAUGAAUACCUUUUUCAUUACUCGAAGAUAUACAUUGUUUGUAUAUUGAUAUAUUGUUGAUGACAAAUUAUAGAAAUGCAUUCUAAGCAUUUUUAAUGCAAUCUUAAGGUUGAUAAAUUACAUAAAUAAAAAAGAACUGCUUCUUUUUAUUUGUAAUAAAGGAAUAAGUAUUAUUGCUUUGUUUUGAAUGUAAAUAGUAGUAUUAAUACAAUAAUAAUUGUAGUCUAUUUAAUUUUUUAAAGAAAAUUUACUAAAAUAUUUUAUAUGAUUUAUUUCCAGUCUAAAAUUGUUUAUAAUUUAAAAGAAAAUAAAUAAAAUGAUUCAUUUUUAUGUAGAACAAUUUAUUAAUUGUGUGUAUAAUGUUAUAUUUUUUUAGUUAUUUAUUAUUUAUUUAUUUAUGUAAUGAUUUAUUGAGGUUCAGAAAUAAUGAAAUUGGGCUCAAACAUUAAGAUUGUAAAUAUAUGUUUAAAGUGUAAAUUUGUAUGCCAGUUGGCCCAUAAGAUGUCAGUUCUGUACAAUAGUUGUAAAUUAUACUAGAUUAUAUAUAUAUAUAU